AUGCAUCCCGACACCACUGAUCUUCUAGUCGAAAGCCCUCAAUUUUCUACCUCCAUUGCAACUACCGUCUGCGAUAAUCAUUUGAUUCACUCGGCUAAAGCGCAUCAGUUCGACAAACUUUCACCCAGAGACCCACCCUCUAUGACCAUUCCUUGCCUGGAGUCAGAUUUAACCGAACUUAAUUCUCCUCCUUCCAUGCCAAUGGCAUCUUCUAUGUCGCCUCUCACGUUCGUAUCCAAGCGCCUUCUGUCUGAUUUUAUCGAUUCAUCGAAUUUUAAUAACGAGAAGCAUCAUCAGGGCAACAGUCAACAUGGCCUUUUAAUGAAUCCAGGUCUCUCGCCAGUCUCCAGUCUUUUUCGAGCCUAUGAAGAGGUGGCUACUCAACAACCGGGCCGUUUAACCCCACAUCUCAUGCCUGGAGUCGGUAGGUGUGCGUUCAUGGAUGACUCUAUGGAACCAGAGGCCGAAUCUGGCCUCGGCCAUAUUGAGCCGAAGGUGCGUAUUGGUUUUUUUUUAUAA